AUGGUCAGUGCCUUCAUGUUGAGCCGUUUAGGCGACUCACGUGCAGCGGCGGAGAAACGUUUUGCAAGUCUUGAACACAAAUUAGCACGGAACGAGGAAUUAAAGUUAGCGUAUGUGGAGUUCAUGCGCGAAUUCAUUUCACUUGGUCAUAUGCGAGAAGUCGUUUGUGAUACAGCCGUCACCCCGUAUUAUAUGCCCCAUCAUGCCGUAUUGAAGCCAGAAAGCACGACGACAAAGCUGCGGGUGGUUUUUGAUGCGUCGUGUGCAUCAUCGACUGGAGUGUCAUUGAAUGACGCCCUACUUGUCGGUCCAGUCAUUCAAGAUGAGUUGAUCGACAUCGUUCUACGUUUCCGGUUACAUCGGUUGGCAAUUGUGGCAGAUAUUGCUAAAAUGUACCGAAUGAUUCGAGUCCAGGAAGAAGACUGUCAGCUACAGCGUGUUUUGUGGAGAGAAAAUGCGAAAGAUCCUUUGAAAUCAUUUGAAAUGACAACGGUCACCUACGGUACAGCAAGUGCACCGUAUCUUGCUACAAAGUGUCUGCAGCGGUUAGGCGUAGAGGCCGAAAAGGAGCAUCCUGAAUCGGCGAAGGUUAUUUCAAAGGACUUUUACAUGGACGAUAUGCUGACUGGAGUUGCUACAGUGGAAGAAGGCCGAAUUCUUAUCUCCAACUUGGUGAAGUUGAUGGAAAGCAGAGGGUUUCAGUUGAGGAAGUUUAACUCCAACUGUCGAGAGAUUUUUGAUGAUUUGCCAGAGGAACUCCGUGAUGAGAAGGCUUUGCUCGAGAUCGAUAACGCCGCUGUCAAAACGCUUGGUCUGGUUUGGGAACCAGCAACAGAUUAUUUCCAAUUCAGAUCACCGAAAUGGAAUUCAUCAACGAUCAUCACGAAGCGGGUUGUGCUUUCUGACGUCGCUCGAAUUUUCGAUCCGCUUGGUCUAGUUGGCCCAGUCGUAGUCCAAGCCAAGAUUUUUAUUCAGAGCCUUUGGAAACUGAACUGUGGAUGGGAUGAGCAUCUUGGAGAGGAAAUGCAGGAGCAGUGGCAUGAGUAUCGCAGGAAUCUUGGUGGACUAGAAGGUUUAUCAGUGCCCCGUUGGUUGGCUAUCAGCUCAAAUUCUGUUUCCGUACAAAUCCAUGGAUUCUGUGAUGCAUCCGAUAAAGCUUACGGAGCAUGUAUCUACAUUCGCACCGUUGAUGAGGCCGGAAACAUCGAAGUACGUCUAUUGACCUCGAAGUCUCGAGUAGCGCCGUUGGAAAAUUUGAAAACCAAGAAGCAAAAGCAAUCCACACCUCGUCUAGAACUUUCUUCAGCUCUGACGUUAGCACAUCUCUACGAGAAGAUCAAGAACGCCCUUGGCAUUCAAGCAAAGGCAUAUUUCUACACCGAUUCAAUGAUCGUAAAAUACUGGUUAUCCUCAACUCCGUCUCGCUGGAAAGAGUUCGUGGCCAACAGAGUUUCAGAAAUCCAGCAUGCCACACGAGGAAGUCUAUGGAGCCACACUCCUGGCAUUGAGAACCCAGCUGAUAUAAUCUCGCGGGGAAUGACACCAGCUCAGCUUCAAUACCAAUCGUUAUGGUUCAACGGGCCACAAUGGUUGAAGCACGAUGAAACCCGCUGGCCGAGUGCGCAACCAUUUCAGGAAGGGGAGAUUGAUUCGACGAUAUUGGAAGAAAAAGGUGCCGUUGUAGCUGUAGCGCAGCAGAUAAGUACGAGUGAGCUGUUCAGCAUCUGUUCCGAUAUGUUUGAGUUGAUGAGAUUUGUAGCAUGGACUCGUCGGUAUGCAUUUAAUGCUCGAAAGGUGAAUCGGGAUUGUAGGAAGUCUGGUGCCCUGGCAGUUCAAGAAUUACAGGAAGCUAUGCGAGUCAUAGUCCGUUUGGCACAAGCAGAAUCUUUUCCCGAAGAGUUACACGAUUUGCAGAAGAAAGGUAGUGUUCGUCAGUCGUCUCCACUAGCUUCGCUUAACCCAAUACUGCUGGACGGAAUAAUGUGUGUCGGUGGACGCCUCAGAAAUGCAGCGAUUUCAAAUCAACGAAAACAUCCCUACAUUCUUUCACAUCGUCACCCGUUCACGGAAGUUAUGGCAGAAUCGUAUCACCGGAAAUGGUUCCAUGCAGGACAGCAGAUGAUGAUUUCUUUGAUCCGAGGUCGGUUCUGGCCAACGAGAGCUCGAGAUCUGGUCAGGAAGGUUAUUCAUCGAUGCGUGCAGUGCUUCAAGGUUCGUCCAAAAAUUGAGUCCCAAUUGAUGGCCGACCUCUCUCCGGAACGAGUCAACCCUUGCAUUGCUUUCCGGAAAACAGGUGUGGACUAUUGUGGCCCUUUCCAAAUUGUCUACCCCUAUCGAAGAUGUAGGCCAGUCAAAUGUUUUGUGGCAGUUUUCAUAUGUCUGGCUACUAAGGCGAUUCACAUGGAAUUGGUCGGAGAUCUGACAACGCAGGCGUUCAUCGCGGCCCUUAGGCGGUUCGCAGCUCGCCGAAAUAAACCUGAUCUUAUAAUGUGUGACAACGGCAAGAAUUUCGUUGGUGCUCGGAGAGAAUUAGCAGAUCUACAUCGGAUGUUCAAACAGCAGCAAUUCCAAAACGAUGUGAUAAAGGCAGCUUCAGAUGAUUCCAUUGAAUUCAGAUUUAUUCCUGCACGUUCUCCAAACUUUGGCGGACUCUGGGAAUCAGCAGUAAAGAGCUUCAAAAAUUUGUACAAACGUACUAUUGGAAACCACAUUUUGGAACACGAUCACAUGAUUACGGUUCUUACUCAAAUCGAGGCAAUAUUAAACUCUAGACCGUUAACCCCUUUGAGUAACGAUCCAGACGAUUAUGAAGUCCUAACACCAGCCCAUUUCCUGAUGCAACGUCCUUUGGAAGGAAUCAGAGAACCUGAUCUGGUAGGCAUCCCAGAGAAUCGGUUAUCCGCAUGGCAGCGUGUGCAGAACUACAUGAGCACUUUGUGGAAGAAAUGGUCGCAGGAAUAUUUGUCAAAUCUUCAGAACAGAACUAAAUGGACAGAACAGAGGAGGAACCUGACUAAAGGAACCUUGGUUGUACUCAAGGAGGACAACCUCCCACCGUUGAGUUGGGCUCUCGGAAGAAUUGAGGAAGUCCAUCCAGGAGCGGAUGGCAUCGUCCGAGCCGUAACAGUGCGAACGUCUAAUCAAGGGUUAUUCAAAAGGGGAAUCUGCAAAAUUUGUGUUUUGCCGAUACGCGACAAUCUUGAAUCACCUUCAGAAGGGGAGAACUAG